ACUCUGGCCGCCACUAUGCAGCGCAGCAAAUCAGCGCUCCGUGUCAUAAAAAGGGCGGGUCCCCACCUACAUAUAUACUCAUCUUGUGCGUGGGAGGACCCAGACUCACCGCUGCUCUUCGCGUUGACCACGACUCUCCUCCGCUGCUUUCCAGGACCCCAAUGGCAGCCGCCGCCAGCCCCGCGUUCCUUCUGUGCCUCUCGCUUUUGCUCCUGCUGUCCGACUGGUCAAGGACGCGGCGCGCCGACACUCACUCUCUCUGGUACAACUUCACCAUCAUCCAUCUGCCCAGACCUGGACAAUGGUGGUGCGAGGUCCAAGGCCAGGUGGAUCAGAAGAAUUUCUUCUCCUAUGACUGUGGCAGUCACAAGGUCUUAUCUGUGGGUCGCCUAGAAGAGCAGCUGAAUGCCACAGAUGCCUGGGAAAGACAACUGGAAAUGCUGAGAGAGGCGGGGCAGAGGCUCAGACUGGAACUGCCUGGCAUUGAGCUGGAGGAUUUCACCCCCAGUCGUGAGUGGAGGAGACCGAGGAUGGAAGGGAGCAGACUGUGGGCUCAGGGGCUGCACUGUGUGUGGGGAGAAGACAUUAGACAUGGGGCCUCCAUGAAGCCCAGCAGCAAGGACAGGGCUUGGAGGAGACAAGAGAGCCAGAUGAGAAGGGGCUCAGAGGAGGAGGAUGUGGGGCAGGGAAGAGAAUUUGUAAAGACCAGAGCUGAUCUCUUUCUGAUUGGAGCAGGACCCGCCAGGCUGCAGGCCAGGAUGUCUUGUGAGUGUGAAGCCGAUGGACACAGCAAAGCAUCCUGGGAGUUCAGAUGUGAUGGAGAGAAGUUCCUCCUCUUUGACUCAAACAGCAGAAAGUGGACAGUGGUUCAUGCUGGAGCCAGGCGGAUGAAAGAGAAGUGGGAGGAAGACAGGGUACUGACCAAUCUCUUCCGGAGGGUCUCCAUAGGAGACUGCAGGAUCUGGCUUCGGGAAUUCCUGAUGCACAGGGAGAAGAGGCUGGAGCCCACAGCAUCACCCACCGUGACCCCAGGUACAGCCCAACCCAAAUCCAUGGCCACCAGCCUCAGUCCCUGGAGCCUCCUUCUCAUCCUUGUCUGUGUCAUCCUAUAGGUCAUCUGAGGAGAGUUUUUAGAGUGACAGGUGGAAGAUGACACCAAGCAGCCCCUGUUAGCCUGGUCUGCCUCCCGCUCUCCUUCAGGAAGGCCGCCUGUCUACUCACCACUGUGCCUUUCUGGACAGCCAGGAGGUCAAGCCUUAGCAAGCCCACAGCCCGCAGCAGACGACGAGGGCAUUGGAGACCCAACCUCUCAUGGCGUUCAUUACCUUCAGUGAUGGUCCUAGUAGCCAUUUUUCUUCACAUCUUCUGCCACUUUCUCUUGGUGCUAAUGGUUGGAAUUCCUGCACAAGUUAGAACUGGACAAGAAAUCCCAGCAAAAAGCAUUUUCUUUCUACUUCGGUGAUUGUGGGAAAGCAAACACUUCUCUACAGCAUGACCUCAUUCUUCCAAAUGGUAUUGCUAGUAAAAUCGCAUGCUGGGCUUCAGACCUCAGGGAUCCUUUCCAUGCACUGACCUAGAAUCGUAUUAAUCCUUUUUAUUUUUAUGGUGUUUUACAUUUUCUCAUUCUGUAAAACUUAUUGGAGGGAAGUAGCAUAAUCAUCACUCACUGUAAUCUCACCUGACAAAGGUCUAAUAUCCAGAAUCUAAUAUCUACAGAAUCUUGUUGAAUAUCCAGAACUCAACAAGCAAGAACAAAAAGCCAAUUAGCAAAUGGGUAAAGAGAUGAGCACUUUUAAAAGAAGACAUGCAAGUGGCCAAAUCAUCAGAUAGGUGCCAAUCAAAACCACAGUGAGUUGCCACCUCUUACCUGUCACAAAGUCAGAGAUGGUGGUGAGGCUGCAGAGAAAGGAAACAGACACUGUGGAUGGGAAAGCGAACCUGUUCAUCUGCUGUAGAAAGCAGCUUGGAGAUUUCUGCAAGAACUUAAAAUAGAACUACCAUUCAACCCAGCAAUUCCACUACUGGGGAUAUACCCAAAGGAAAAGAAUUUAUUUUGUCAAAAAGACACCUGCACCCAUAUGUUCAAUGCAGUGCUAUUCCCACUAGCAAGGACACAGUCAAUCUAAGUGCCCCGCAACAAUGAACUGAAUGAAAACAAUGUGGCACAUAGACACCAUGAAAAUCUAUGCAGCCAUGAAACAGCAAAAUCAUGUCCUCUUCAUCAACACGGAUGGAGCUAGAGGCUGUUAUUCUAAGCAACCUAAUGCAAGGACAGAGAGCCAAAUACUGCAGUUUCCCAUUUGAAAGUGGCAGCUAAACAUUGAACUCACAUGAACCCGAUGCUGGAGAUCACUAGAUGGGGGAGAGAGGAGGCGCACCUGGGCUGAAAACCACCUGUUGGGGACCCUGCUUACUGUUUGGGUGAUGGGAUCAUUGGGACACCAAGCCUCGGCCUCCCAAAAUCUACCCGUGUAACAGCCCUGUAUGUGUACCCUUUAAUCUAUAAUAUAGGUUGAAAUUAAAGAUUAAUAAAUAAAACAAAAUGACAUAAGGCCAAAAUAAUGGGGUUAACUGAGUGAGAGAACGCUGCACUAUGAACACUAACCCAGCUCAAAAAAAUAAACUCCAAUCGUUUAAAAUAAUCUCCAGUUGUAUGAUGAUAAUUGUAUAAAAGUUAUACAUGUAAGUGCCAAACCCUAAAAUCAAACAUUUGCAUAAUGAAAUUA